UGCGGUAGCAAGUCUUAUUUACGGAGACGGACAACGUUGAUGUAGUUGGCAGUACUGCGUUUCAUUGAAAACUGUUUCUGCGUUUGACUGACGAAUAUUUCAGAUAUUAUUAGAAUUAAGUGAUCAGAUUUACUGAGUUUACAACCCAUACGGCUAAAUUUUGAUCACAGAAUGCACGGGGGGAAGAGGGGAUUGGUGGCACCGCAGAACACCUUUCUAGAGAAUAUUAUUCGGCGCUCAAGUGAAACAAGUUUCUUGUUGGGGAAUGCCCAGCUACUCGAAUGGCCGGUUGUCUACAGUAAUGAUGGAUUCUGCAAGCUGUCAGGCUACCACAGGGCUGAAGUUAUGCAGAGAAGCAGCACAUGCAAUUUCAUGUACGGAGAACAUACAGAAAAGAAAACAAUGGACAAAGUCAGACAGGCCUUUGAUAAUUAUGAAUCAAAUUGCUUUGAAGUGCUGCUCUAUAAGAAGAACAAGACACCAAUAUGGCUCUACAUGCAGGUAGCUCCAAUCCGAAAUGAAAGCAACAAAGUGGUCCUGUUUCUCUGCACAUUCAAAGAUAUUACAGUCUUCAAGGAGCCUAUUGAGGAUGAGACCAACAAGGGAUGGACUAAGCUUACUCGACUGACACGAGCACUUACAAGCAGCAGCACUAUGCAGCAGCUGGCACCAGCCAAGACAGAAGUCAGCCACAAGCCCUCCAGACUGGCUGAGGCUCUACAGCUGGGCUCAGACAUUCUCCCUCAGUAUAAGCAGGAGGCACCUAAGACUCCCCCUCACAUCAUCCUCCACUACUGCCUCUUCAAGACCACGUGGGACUGGGUCAUCCUCAUCCUCACCUUCUACACCGCCAUCAUGGUGCCCUACAACGUGUCCUUCAAGACCAAGCAGAACAAUUUGGCCUGGCUUGUUCUAGACAGCGUGGUAGAUGUCAUAUUCCUUGUGGACAUAGUGCUCAACUUCCAUACGACCUUUGUGGGUCCAGGUGGAGAAGUCAUUUCUGACCCCAAGCUGAUUAGAAUGAACUACAUGAAGACCUGGUUUGUCAUCGACUUGCUGUCCUGCUUGCCUUAUGACAUUAUCAAUGCCUUUGAAAAUGUGGACGAGGAUCCUAUCUCAGAGACAUCAGCAGUCCAGCACAUCAGAGAGUUAUCCAGUACCCAGAGGAACACUACACGGACAGAGGACUCUGUACUCCCAGGCCUUAGCAGCCUAUUUAGCUCCCUGAAAGUAGUUCGACUUCUUCGUCUGGGUCGAGUGGCUCGAAAGCUGGACCACUACUUAGAAUACGGGGCAGCUGUCUUGGUCCUGCUUGUGUGCGUCUUUGGCCUGGUAGCUCACUGGCUAGCCUGCAUCUGGUACAGCAUCGGGGACUACGAGGUCAUUAACGAGGCCACCAACACCAUCAAGACAGACAGCUGGCUGUACCAGCUAGCCUCAAGCAUCGGCACACCCUACCGCUACAACAUCAGUGGCUCCGGCCAAUGGGAGGGCGGCCCCAGCAAGGACACGCUCUACAUCUCCUCCCUCUACUUCACCAUGACCAGUCUCACCACCAUAGGUUUUGGUAACAUCGCUCCAACCACAGACGGUGAGAAGAUCUUCUCUGUGGCCAUGAUGAUGGUGGGCUCCCUGCUGUAUGCAACCAUUUUUGGAAACGUGACCACCAUCUUCCAACAGAUGUACACAAACACCAACCGCUACCAUGAGAUGUGCAACAAUGUGCGUGAUUUUCUCAAGCUUUACCAGGUUCCAAAAGGUCUGAGUGAGAGGGUCAUGGACUACAUUGUUUCUACUUGGGCUACUUCCAAAGGCAUUGACACAGAGAGGGUUCUCUCCAUUUGUCCCAAAGACAUGCGAGCUGACAUCUGUGUACAUCUCAACAAUCAAGUUUUCAACGAGCACCCGGCUUUCAGGCUUGCGAGUGACGGCUGUCUGCGCUCCCUGGCCGUGGAGUUCCAGACCACACACUGUGCACCUGGGGACCUCAUAUUCCAUGCGGGCGAAAGUCUUGACACCCUUUGCUUUGUAGUAUCAGGAUCGCUGGAAGUUAUUCAGGAUGACGAGGUCAUCGCCAUUCUGGGUAAGGGAGAUGUGUUUGGGGAUGUGUUCUGGAAGGAAACCACACUGGCUCGUGCUUGCGCCAACGUCCGGGCACUCACCUACUGUGACCUGCAUGUAAUCAGUAGAGAUGCCCUGCUGAAGGUCCUCGAAUUCUACACGGCCUUCGCCAACUCCUUUUCUCGAAAUCUGAUCCUCACCUGUAAUCUACGCAAACGGAUCAUAUUCCGAAAGAUCGCUGAUGUGAAGAGGGAAGAGGAAGAGCGUAGGAGGCAUAAGAAUGAAGCACCUCUCUCCAUUCCCGUUGACCACCCAGUCCGCAAGCUGUUUCAGAGAUUCAAGCAGCAGAAAAACGAUCUUCCUCCGGGCGAAGCUGAACGUGACCUGGAAUGCAAUCGGCCACAGGUGGAGCCCCUGCACCAGCCCACCCCAAACCAUCCCCGUCAGCAGUGUCAGCCGCACCUUUUGCAUCCCAAUCACAUACCCAUCCUGAAUGGUAAGACUAGCAAUGCAGUUGGUGACUCAAGUACAUUUCCCAUUUCCACCGUCACCAAUCUGCAGAGCACACUGGCAUUUGUCCAUAAAGGGGAAGCCAGCCAGAGUGAUGGCCAAGAUAUGGCCAAGGACUAUGUUGAUAAACCUCAAGCAACAGAUCAGCUAAUAGAAGACAGAAAGAGCCAGGAGGUAAAAAGUGAGGGGAUGAAUAAAGGGGGUGGCACCAGUUGCACUGGGAAAGAGGGUGAAGAGGAAAUAGCCCAUCUCAAGACACACUCCUUUGACAUCAGUAUUAGCAAGAGUGAAAGCACAGGUGUAGAGUGGAACUCUUUCGAAUGGAGCCACGUUGAGAGGAGCCUGCUUGGAAGGAACCCCUGCGAGCACAGCGCAGAGGUCGGAAGUGUGUGCGCGCUAGAGCGGCCUGUUGCUCUACCUAAUGCAGGACAGUCACUGCUCCAGACCAGUCUGAAGGAGAUCAAGGUGGAGCUGAAGGAAGACAUCCAGUCGCUGAGUAGCCGUUUGUCGACUCUUGAGGGUCAGGUUGGAGAGAUCCUGAGACUGCUUUCAGGGAAGAGGCGACUAUCCCUGGCACAGACUCCUACACCUAAGGUUAAAAUCAAAUGCCAGGACAUCUUUACUGUACCCAAGCCUGUCACAUCAGACACAGAAAAAGAUGAUGGGCCAUUUUGAAUGUGCAGGAAGAGGCUUUGUUCAUACUUACAACAAAAACACAGACCAAUGUUUUGUUUAUUUAUUUUGGGACAUUUUAAACUUUCUUAAAGCCCUAGACUUGAGUUAAGCAACUGGCUGGCACCAGGCACCUUGAGACAACAAGUCAUCAAAGUGAUGUUAACAAACGUAUGCAGGCCAGAAUAUGACAUUGUGUGGCCAUGAUAUUUUUCCUUUAUGGAAUACAUAGACAUACAUAGUUUUUAACCAAGGUCGUUAUCUAACAUCAAGACUGUUUGAUGCCUUUCUGAAUUCCCUUUAUAUAUCUAUUAAUCUCUAGGAAAAAGAAACACAUCAUCUGACUAUAAAGCCAGGAAUCAGUUUGCUUGUGUGGCUAAAGUUGAAAGAUUGCAGGUGUAUGGCUCAGGUCCCAAGGGCGUGCAGUGUCCACAACAAUUUAAUGUAAAUAAACACAACAAAUCAAUAUAGGUAUAAAACUGGGUUCUCCCUAUUGUUUGGCCCAGGAACACUGCAGCUAGUGUUUGUUGAGAACACAACAACACUCAGAAAGUAGCUACUGCGUUCAGAACGGAUUUCACAAGAAAUUAAGUGGCACAGACUUCCCUUCCUUACUAAACAUUUUAUUAUCGCCAUGGCAUAGGCAACUAAGUGUGGCUGAAUAUGGCCAAAUGUGUUGAUCCAAAAUGCUUAUUUUGUGCAUUAAAUCAGACCAUCAAUGAGCCACAACAGACUGCUGCUAAUUUAUAUUCCAGAAUUUGAAAUGUUAUGGCAGGUUUAAAAGGUGUUUGUUUGGACAAAUGCAAUCACUUGAUGGUUAAAAAAAGGGAAAAUGUGGAAAGUAUGUGCAUUUAAAGGAACACUCAUGCAUGUCCAGCAAUAUUUUUGCUUUUCAAAGAAAUCAUGAAUAUAGUUGCUUGUUCUGUAGGGUAUGCAGUUGCUUAUGCCACUGAUUGAUUGCAUGCAAAUACUGAUUAGAGUACCCUGAACAGUAGUUCAAAAUUUGUGACUUCUUUAUCCCAUUGACCCAUUAAUCAAUCGUGAAUGAGUAUUCUAGAUCUUAGACUUCAGUCUACCCUCACAAAUGGAUGAAUUGGACAUAGACCUACAGAACAACAUAAUAUAUUACCAAUAGUAGAAAAUUAUAGCAAUAGCAAAAUAAUAGUAACGAUAAUUCCUUCUGCUUCUCAAUCUCAUUGUUUGGCUGACACACUUUAUGGUUGAACUUUUACUUGUCCUGUAUUCCACAAGUCAAUUUGCCUAUAUUUUCAAAAUGUCAGUCAUCAGCACCCAGACCCAAAGUCAUUUCUGAAAAGUAAAGGAUGUUUUUAUGCUAAUAAACCAUUGCUAUCUGCAAUAGUUGGCACUUGCACUAAUUGAACUCUGCAUUUAACAGAGCUGGAGGUUGGUUCAGCCUCAUGUUAAGUUUCAUUUCAUCAUGUAAGCACUGUCAGUAAGAAAGGGAGGACCCUUUGUCCUCUGUCUUCCCUACCUCAUCACGCUCCCACAGGUCUAAUGGUGAUCUAGCUCCUUUUCUGAUGAGUCCUAUACAGGACAUGCAUUAGAAACAGAUGACCAUGGCUGGUACAGCCUAAUAGAUUCUUGUUCACCCUAUCGUCAAAAAUAAAGAAAUAAAUAGCUUAAUGGAAUCCAUUAAGUGUAUGUCUAAUAACCUGUGUAUGUUUAUAAUAAAAAGCAUGACAUUACCAAUUAAUUAAAGUACAUUUUAAAACUGAAAUUGCUCUCAAUCAUAAUGUGAGUGUCUUUGACAGAAUAAUAUUGAUAACAUACUUAGUAGUCCUUCAAAUAAAAUAAUUCAACAUGAACAUUCUAUGAUGUUAUCACAGGUGCAUAAACGCAUUUUAAUGGUGUACUGUCAUGCCUGUAAUGGUUAUGUUCUCUGAGAAGAGGGCACUUGAUAUCAGCCUUGGGAGGUUGAAGAGACAAUAUUAACAAUAGUAUUUAGUUUCUCUCUGUGCACCCUUGACCUACAGACUACAUUGACAGCUUGUCACUGGAGUGACACAAAUGUAAUUUCAUGUUGUUCUAUGGUAUUGGUUUUAUUAAAUUGUUCUGUCACAAUGAAACAUAAUCUUGUCAUUAGGUAUUUUUUGUAUGUCCAAUUUGUAUGCACUUUGAUUUGUAUGCACUUGACUUUUUGGAUCAGAUCAAAAUUGCUGGAUGCAUAUUGAA